UAGACAAUAAUGCAUUGCAUGUCCUGAUUUUUGUUGUUUUUUGCCUUCUAAAGCCAAUAUGUCUUUGCGUUACAAGUUUCUAUUCUGUGACGACGGUGACAUGUAGCAAUACAAAUAUCUCAGAAUGUUAUCAUAGGUGGGUUUGAGAAGAAAAGAACAAGCUUCAAGCUUGCAACUUGCAAGUAAAAAGUGAUUGAAGGGCAUAUGGCACAGUUCACCACACAGGGUCGGUUAAAGCUUCUCUUCAAUGGGAAUGGAGUAUCAUCUCGUUUGUAUCAAAAGGACCCAUUUUUGCUCUCCAAGUGCAGAUCAAUUCAGACCCACACUCAUCACAGGCAGAGGCUAAGGUACAUAGGUUGUUAUGCUGGAAUUUACUAUUCAUCAUCUCUGCGUAGCAAAACCAACCGUUGCAAUGCGGAGGCACGCCCCACUGUUGGGAAUGAGGGUGUUCGUGACCAAGAUGAUGAUGAUAAUGAUGAUGAUGAGUUAGAUGAUGAUGACUUGUCUUGUUUCCGAGGUCUGGUGUUGGAUAUAUCAUACAGGCCAGUCAAUGUUGUAGGCUGGAAACGUGCUAUAUGCUUGGAGUUUAUGGAGAAGGCUGAUGUAUUAGAGUAUUAUGCUCAGACUGUGAACUCUCCCAGUGGAUCCUUCUAUAUACCAGCUGUCUUAAGGGUUCCUCAGUUACUUCAGGUUGUUAAAAGAAGAAUGAUCAAGAACAAACUUAGUCGGAAAAAUAUACUAUUUAGGGACAAUUACACCUGUCAGUAUUGCUCUUCUCGUGAAAAUUUGACCAUUGAUCAUGUGGUGCCUAUGGCACUAGGUGGAGAAUGGACAUGGGAAAAUCUGGUAACUGCUUGUGUCAAAUGCAACUCAAGGAAAGGUCAAAAAACUUUAGAGGAAGCAAGAAUGACAUUGAUUAAGGUCCCCAAGGCCCCAAAGGACUAUGAUAUACUUGCCAUACCUCUAACUAGUGCAGCGUUAAACAUGCUAACAGUAAAAAAGGGAACACCUGAAGAAUGGCGUCAGUAUCUAUCAAAGUCCUAUUCAGAACCAUGAAUUAAUCCUUGGUGGCAGUUGCACAUUCCUAUAGGUCAUGUCAGACACACUAAUUGUUCUUGGUCGCAUAAAAAAGUCCUCAUAAUUUUUAGGUCAUUUUAAGUAACUUCAGUUAAAAAUUAAAAAAUUCAUUGAAAGCACUGCUCUUCAAUCUUAGUGAUUGUGUAAAAUAUAUGUAUAGUAAGUUCGUGCCUAAUGUUGUAUAUUUUUUUUUUUGGUAUGCGCCUAAUGUUGUAUAUUAAAUUUGACAGACAUUAUCAUGCCUUGGACUUGGUUUUCCACCUGCUUGCUGGCACACGAUUUGUAUGUGGUGGCCUUACUGAAAUGAUGUACAUAAUUGAUAUAAUUAAU